UCCAAUUGCGAUGAGGCCGAUUUCGAACAACGGCUUGAUUUAUAGACAGAGCCUUCGUCUCCGAUGUAACUCUACGCUUGCUCUAUCUAACUACGAGCCUUAUACGCCGACUACAGCAACACGAAACUUUCCGGAGACGACGAGCACAACUAUCUUUCAAUGCAAUUCUCAGAUUUCGAAGCUCGCGAAGAACGGGAAUCUCCAAGAAGCUGAAGCUAUUUUCAGAAAUAUGUCGCAGAGAAGUAUAGUCUCUUGGAACGCGAUGCUCUCGGCAUACGCUGAGAAUGGUAAGAUGAGUAAAGCAUGUCAAGUGUUCGAUGAAAUGCCCGUGAGAGCUACAACUUCUUAUAAUGCGAUGAUUACGGCUAUGGUUAAAAACAAGUGCGAUUUGGGAAAAGCUUACGAAUUGUUUCGUGACAUACCGGAGAAGAACGCUGUGUCUUACGCGACGAUGAUUACCGGUUUUGUUAAGGCAGGGAUGUUUGAAAAGGCGGAUCUUUUGUAUGCUGAGACCCCGUUGAAGUUUCGUGAUCCUGUUGCUUCAAACGUUUUGUUGACUUGUCGUGAUUUCGUCAGAUACCGAGAGGGAAGUCAGAUUCAUGGGUUAGUUUCACGGAUGCCUCUCGAGUUUGAUAUGUUUCUAGGGAAUUCGCUGAUUUCGAUGUACUCUAAGCUUGGUUAUAUGGCCGAGGCCAAAGCAGUGUUUGGCGUGAUGACAAACAAAGACUCUGUUUCUUGGAAUUCCUUGAUCACGGGUCUUGUUCAGAGCGGACAAAUCUCUGAAGCUUAUGAACUUUUCGAGAAGAUGCCGAGCAAAGACAUGGUAUCUUGGACAGAUAUGAUCAAAGGGUUUUCUGGAAUAGGAGAAGUCUCUAAAUGUGUAGAGCUGUUUAAGAUGAUGCCUGAGAAGGACGGCAUUACAUGGACUGCUAUGAUAUCUGCUUUUGUGAGCAAUGGAUAUUACGAGGAGGCGAUUUGCUGGUUUCGUAAGAUGCUCCGGGAAGAAGUUUGUCCAAAUUCUUACACUUUCAGUAGUGUCCUCAGCGCAACAGCUAGUUUGGCGGCAUUGAUCGAAGGACUACAAAUCCAUACUAGAGUUGUGAAGAUGAACAUCGAGAAUGACUUGUCAGUUCAGAAUUCGUUGGUAUCGAUGUAUUCCAAAUGUGGCAACACGAAUGAUGCUUACAGGAUCUUCUCGUGCAUCAACGAGCCUAAUAUUGUUUCUUACAACACGAUGAUCAGCGGGUUUUCUUAUAAUGCGUGUGGCGGUUUCAUUCUUGCGUUUGCUUUAAUGUCGUGUUGCCUGGGGAAGGAGAAGGAAACAUUACCUACGAAUAAUCCCAACAUCCAGAGAAGUAGAGCAGGUGUAACAAGCACCAAUGGUGACUUCUUGUUUUAUCCAGCGGCUGCAUCUCUCCCUACGGUCUCUAGUUCCGGCUAUUGCGGCCACCAUCACGGCGGCGGACAUCAUAGUGGUGUUGGUGGAGGCAGAGCCGUGCCAAAGGUCGUAGGCGAAGGUUUCUUUAACUCCUUCGUAGGCACGGCCCUGGGUGGAGGAGGAUGUGGCGGCGGCGGCGGACAUCAUGGGGGUGGUGGAGGAGGAUGUGGUGGCAGCGGAGGCGGUGGAGGGUGUGGUGGUGGUGGUGGUGGCGGUGGUGGUGGCGGAUGUAAC